AUGCAUAUUCAUAAAUUGAAAGCUAAGAUAAAAAAGAAAAAACAGGAAAAAUACCUGACAAAAAGAAAAAUACAAAAAAAACUAUUUUUAAGCGAAUCGGAAUUUCGAAGACUUUGUAUAUUCAAAGGUAUAUAUCCAAAAGAUUAUAAAGAUAUACCAUUAAAAUUAAGAAAUAAAUUUUAUAAAAAUAAAGUAUAUUAUACAAAAAGUGAUUAUAAAAAAUUAAGUAAUGAAAAAAUUAUACAAGACUUUCGAAAAAUAAAAACAGGUUUGAAAAGAUAUAAAAAAUAUAAACUAUCAUUAGAAGAUAAUGAAAGAUGUAAAAGUAUUAUUAAAAAUUUUCCAAAAUAUAAAUUAGAUCAUAUAAUUAAAGAAAGAUUUCCUAUAUUAGUAUAUGCAGUUGAACAAUUAAAUGACGCAUUAACUACAAUAAUUGCUUAUUCAUAUUUACCAUCAAAUGAAAAUAUAGGAAUUAAAAAUAAUUUAAUUAAUCAAUGUAUAAUAUUAAGAAAUCAUUUUCAUUAUUAUACUUAUAAAACAAAUAAAAUUAAAAAAGGUUUUAUAAGUGUAAAAGGAUAUUAUUUACAAGCAGAAAUUUUACAAAAAAAAAUUACUUGGCUCAUACCUCAUAUAUUUACUCCAUAUUUUGAUAAAUCUAUUGAUUUUAAAAUUAUAACAAAUUUUAUAGAAUAUUAUGUUACUCUCCUUAGAUUUGUUCUUUAUAAAUUGUACAGACUAGAUGGCUUGUCUUAUCCUCCCAAAGAAUAUACAGACCUUAAAAAUGAAAAGCUAAACCACUUGGCUUUUGAUAAAAAUUUUAUUACAAAAGAAAUUGCCGACGAGCUAGAAUCUACAGAACAAAAUACCCUCGAAGAAAGUGAAACAAAAACAGGAAAUGAUGAGAUAGCAGAGGUUGAAAAAAAUAACCAAGAAAAUGAUGAAAAAAAAAAAAAAAUAGAAACAAAACCAAUAGAGCAUGAUAUCAUUAAUAAUGAUAAUACUAAAAGCGUGAAAGAUCUUUUUAAAGAUCAUAUUUUUUAUAUACAUAGUAAUAUGCCUUUUGAUGUUUUGUCAAUUAUUAUUUUGUCAUGUGGUGGUACUAUAUGUUGGAACUCUUUAUAUUCUCCAUAUAAAUAUGAAGAUGAAAGUAUAACACAUGAAAUAUUAGAAGUUAGUGGAGAAAAUAUGGAAACACAAAAUUCGAAUAAAACAAACAAUAUAAAUGAAUAUACAUAUAAACGAAGUUUUAUACAACCACAAUAUAUAUUUGAUUGCUUAAACACAAACAAGAUAUUAUCUUGUGAAGAUUAUAAUAUUAACAAAACAUUACCUGUACAUUUAUCACCUUUUAUUGAUGAUGAUAAUUAUAAAGAUUUAGUAAAAAAAGAAGAGUAUACUAUAAACAAAAUGCUAAGUGAAGACCCACAAUAUAACAAGAGUAUUUCAAAAAAUAAAACAAACUCACAAAAUCAAUACAAUAAUUAUAAUGACAAUGAAAUUGAAAUGUCAGAAGAUGAAUAUAAUAAUGCUAUUCGACAAAAAUUGCGAAAUGAUGCAUUAAAUAAUCAAAUGGAGGCAGAAAACGAAAAUAAUUAUAAUCCUCAAAAUAGUAUAAAACAAGAAAAUGAUUUAUUAAAUGUAAAAAAAAUAAAUAAUCAAGAAAACAUAAAACGAAAUAAACUUGCUUUGAGCAAAAAGAAGAGAAAAUUAUAUAACAAAAUUGAACAAGCAGAAAACAGACAAAAAUUAACUAUAGAAAAAUUUUUAAAAAAAAACAAAAAUAAGAAAUCAUCAAAGUAA